AUGUACCUCGGCCUAUCUAUCUUCCGCACCUCAACCCUCUAUCGAUUACCUCCCAAGAAGAAAUUGAAAGAACUGAAUAAACAAACAAUGCCCACCACCUCUGGUACAGUCAGCAGCUUCGAUGGCGGAAACAAAAUCACAGCCACUUUUGUAGUCGAUGGCGUGCAGUGCACAUUCAAUGGCAGCUUCGACCCCCCGGUGGGAGACUUCAACAGCUAUGAUGCGAAGCUGGACUACAGCGACAUCAGACAAUUGACUACUCAGCGAGAGUUUAGAGGGAAAGUCAGUUCCCAGAACCUGAUCAUCGACACGAAUAAUGGUCCAAAGAUCACCAGCCAUUCCGACAAACCCAUUUCUCCAGUUAGUCAAUUUUCUGGAAGGGGAAGUUGGGAGCACAGCUGA